UGUCUCCCCCUGGAGGGGCCGGAAUGCCCAGAGCCCGCAGUAUAAAGGCAGCCGCUGUGGCGGUGGCGGCGCAGAGCUCUGUGCUCCCCGCAGUCAGGACUCUGGGACCGCCUGAGGCUCCCGGAUCCCUGACUGUGCAGCCUCUCACCAGCACGGUUUCCCUGGGGUCCAGGCCUGCAAAGUGCCAUUCCUCCUUUCUCUGUCUUUCUUACUCUUGAGUCCUUCUGAGAUGACUGCUCUGGACACAGUGGGAGUUGUCCGGGUCUUGAUCACCCUAAUAGGGGCGAGUCUUUGCGGCCACCAUUCGCUGCAAGUGAGCGCCACCUUGAACUCAGUUUUGGUCAAUUCCAACGCUAUCAAGAACCUGCCCCCACCGCUGGGCGGCGCUGCGGGGCACCCAGGCUCCGCGGUCAGCGCCGCGCCUGGAAUUCUGUACGAGGGCGGGAACAAGUAUCAGACUAUUGACAACUACCAGCCGUACCCGUGCGCAGAGGACGAGGAGUGCGGCACCGAUGAGUAUUGCGCUAGUCCCACCCGCGGAGGGGGCACGGGCGUGCAAAUCUGUCUCGCCUGCAGGAAGCGCCGGAAACGCUGCAUGCGUCACGCUAUGUGCUGCCCCGGGAAUUACUGCAAAAAUGGAAUAUGUGUGCCUUCUGAUCAAAAUCACUUCCAUCGAGGGGAAAUUGAAGAAACCAUCAUUGAAAGCUUUGAUGGUGAUCCCAGCACCUUGGAGGGGUACUCCAGAAGAACCACACUGUCUUCAAAAAUAUAUCACACCAAAGGACAAGAGGGUUCUGUCUGUCUCCGAUCCUCGGACUGUGCCUCAGGAUUGUGUUGUGCUAGACACUUCUGGUCGAAGAUCUGUAAACCUGUGCUCAAAGAAGGUCAAGUGUGCACCAAGCACAGGAGAAAAGGUUCUCAUGGGCUGGAAAUAUUCCAGCGUUGUUACUGUGGAGAAGGUCUGUCCUGCCGGAUACAGAGAGAUCACCAUCAAGCCAGUAAUUCCUCCAGGCUUCACACGUGUCAGAGACACUAGAGCAGCUGUCUGAGCGCAGUGGACUCCUUUGACAUAACAUAUGCUAUGAAAACCUGUCAAGUCAAUCCUGAGGACAUACAAAUUCUGUCCUUUUAGUUAAUCAUUCCAAUAAUACCAUCUGAAAAUGUGGAGUGUCAGAGCUUUGUUUCUUUGUGGAACUCCCGAUUGCAGUAAAUUACUGUGUUGUAGAUUCGCAGUGUGGCACUUAUCUGUAAAUGCAACAGAACUUUGAAUUCUGUUCCUAAAGGUGCUGCAUUGUUUCUUGUUCCUUUUGUUAUGUAAAUUUUUUGUACACAUUGAUUGUUGUAUUGAGUGACAAAUAUUCUAUAUUGAAUUGAAAUAAAUAAUUUCAGCUGACAGUUCCUAAAUACAUAACCUUUUUCCCUUUAAUUCUAGAGUCCAGAAGGCAGGGAGGCUUUAGAAUGACAAAUGAUAGUUAUCUAAAAUUUAACAUGGAAAUACUAUCUUAUUUUCUGAAAUGUACUAUCUCAAUGCUUAAAUUAUAUUUUUCUUUAGGCUGUGAUGAUUUUUGAAAUAAAAUUUAACAUUUAAUAUCA